AUGAAAAAAUAUGAUGCUAUCAUUAUAGGCGGUGGUCACAAUGCACUUGUGGCAGCAUGCUAUCUAAAACAUAAAAACAUCUUGCUCCUAGAAAGACGACACGUAACCGGAGGAGCUGCUUAAACUGAAGAAGUCUAUCCCGGAUUUAAAUUUAGUCGAUUCUCGUAUUUGCUAUCGUUGAUGCGUCCGUCAGUAAUCAAUGAAUUGAAUCUAUAUUCACAUGGCUUGAAACUCUUUAGAAGACCCAUCUCCAGUAUUACAGUAACCAAGAACAAGGGCGAAUACCUGUUGAUGAACUCAGAUUCAACUUUUUGCAAACAAGAGAUAGCCAAGUUCUCCAAAAGAGACAGUGAAGUCUAUGAUGAGUACAACCAAUUCCUCUCAGAAAUUAUAGAUUUGUGGAGUUAUUAUUAGGAUAAAUAUCCAUAUGACACAUCCGCCAGAGGCAAAGGAUACAACAUCAAGAAAAGCUUUGAUGAUCUUGGAUUAUUGUUAAGGAUGGGUCAAGAUGGAUGGAAAAACAAAGAUAAAAUAUACGAUUACAUUUAAUUUAUGUCAUAAUCGUCAAGUUAAUUCUUAAAUAAAUGGUUCGAAUCUGAUAUUCUAAAGGGAACACUCAUAACCGAUGGCAUCAUAGGUGAAAUGAUAUCUAUAGACACUCCAGCCAGCGCCUAUAUCUUAUUGCAUCAUGUGAUGGGUGAGAUAUUCCCAAAUUCGAAGGGAGAAUGGGCGUUUGUAGAAGGUGGAAUGGGAUCCAUAUCUAAGAUCCUAACUAAAUUGAAUGAGCAGAAAGGAGUCGAGAUCAAGACCAAUAUAAGUGUGGAUCAAAUACUCACUUCUAAUAAUUAAGUCACUGGUGUGAAAUGCUCAGAUAAUAACACUUAUUAUAGUGAUACCAUCAUAAGCAGUGUAACUCCCAGAAUCACUUUCGAAAAAUUGUUAUCACCUGACCAAAAAGCUAAGAACCCUAAAUAUUUCAGUGAUGUUAAACAUAUGGAAUAUAAUGGAGCUUGCACUAAAUUUAAUUUUGCUGUAUCUGAAAUGCCUAAAUUUAAAUGUUUUGAGGGAACCAAAUAUGAAAAACCUGAAUCUGUCUUAAUUGGUACAACUCAUUUAGGAUGCGAAAGGCUAGACACAUUGAGAUAAGCAUACUAAGAUUGCAUAAAUGGAAAGUCUUUUAGUGAUAAUUUAUUCGUGGAUUUAGUUGUUCCUACUGCUCAUGACAAAACAAUUGCUCCGUAGGGAUAACACAUUGUACAAUGUCUUGUCUAAUAUACUCCUUAUAAGGCCAAUUGGAAUGAUUAAAUCAAAAAAUAAUUGAAGGAGUAAGUCAUUGAUUACAUUUCUUAAUAUGCUCCAAAUUUUAAGAAGUCCAUACUCUAUACAGAUAUGGUUACACCUUAGGAAAUUGAGUAACUUCUUAAUAUGACUGAAGGCAAUAUUUUCCAUGGGGCUUUGACUUUGGAUAAAUUGUAUGGAAAUCGACCAAGCAAUGGGUAUAAUAGUUAUGGAACUCCUAUCAAUGGGCUAUUCUUAUGCGGUUCUGGAACUCACCCUGGUGGAGGAGUGAUGGGUGCACCAGGAAGGAACUGCGCAUAGUAUAUUAACAACUAUUUAAAAUGA